GAUUUCUCCAUUACAAGUGGUCAUCAUCAAUAGAUAAUUGGCUUCGCCAACUCAAUGGGUGUGAAUAGGCGCAAAUGUUAAUCGGGCGCAGUAAGCCACAUUUUACAUCAGAAUAAUGGACCAUGAUAAGCAGAAGAUGUUGUUAUAUAUUCAACCUGAAGCUCAAAUGUCGGUCGGCAAAUUUCGUUAGCAACAUGCAAUUGAUAUCAUGUUUAAAUGAUCUCUGAAAAUUCUUCCAUUCAAUUUGCAUUCACAGUCGUUCGUUUCAUCAUAUCGAGUUUUUUGUUAAAAUGAAGUUUCCUAAUAUUACAACAAGUUUUGCUGUGCUCAGCGUACUUAGGGACUUGGCAUGCGUCUCCGCCCUUGUAGUUUUUGCUCCUUCCGAUGGCCCAGUCUAUUCCCUGGGCCUUCCUUCGACAACAGUUUCGGCUGGCACCGGAAAUAUAUAUUUUCAGCUCAGCGCACCGGAUACAUAUCAAUGGGCUGCACUAGGUAUUGGGCGCACCAUGGCCGGUGCAUAUAUGUAUAUAAUGUACAGCGAUGGCAAUGGAAACGUUACCAUUAGUGCGAGGGCUGGAGGACAAGGUCACGUGGAGCCAAAGGUAACUGGAGGGCCAGGAAGCCAGGUGCAAUUGCUCGAGGGUAGCGGAAUUACCGGAGGAGUGAUGAGAGCGAAUGUUCUGUGUACAAACUGCCCUCUUCCAUCCACAACAUCCACUGCUUCACCAUGGAUAGCAGCUUGGAACUUAGGCUCUCCAAUUGACAGUACUUCGCCUUCGUAUGCUAUAAAACAGCACGGCGAUAGCAGCUACCGGCAAUUUACUUAUGAUCUCACAACUGCUGUAAUUGAAUCGGAUGAGAACCCAUUUUUAUCUAAUGGUACAAUUCCAUCUACGUCGGGAAGUGGAAGUGAAGAGCGUGGAAUAUCGGCCUCAACACUUGACGCCUAUAGUAUUGCUCAUGGCACUAUAAUGAGUGUUACCAUGGUUAUUCUCUUCCCACUAGGCGCGAUGCUCAUGACUAUGUUUGGGAAAUGGUGGAUUCACGCAGCCUUUCAAACAUUCAGCUUGGUGAUGCUGAUUGUUGGUUUCGGAUUGGGUGUGAAGUUGGCGACGUUCAAGGAUUAUCUAUUCAGGAAUCAAGGCAAAGCGCAUACAAGCUUUGGUCUAGCUCUCUUUGUUCUCUUAAUUAUCCAGGUUAUCGUAGGCCUCAUUCAUCACCUCGUUUACCGAAAACAGCAUGUUAGAGGAUUUCUGGGCUAUAUACAUGUUUGGUAUGGCCGUUCUCUACUAAUUCUGGGAAUUAUCUGCGGUGGAUUAGGAUUGAAAUUGGCAAGAAAUACCAAAGGUGGUGAGAUCGUGUAUGGAAUUCUGGCGGGGUUGGUCGCCAUGUCUUAUUUUACAAUAUUGGUGUUGAGAAAUAUGGGAAAGUCUGUGGGUAAUAAAGAGAUAAGGAACGGAAGUGGCAAGGAAGGAAGAAACGUUGGAGAAAGAAUUCCGAUGCAGGGCAGGAUACUGGCUACGACCAAGCAUGAUAGCGAGCGGUUUCCGGCGACUAGUCGAUCAUAAAGAUUUGUAACAAGUAGACAUCUUCUUGGAGGAAGAAGUGCCCUAGACAAUGCGCAGUGUGCAAGUUUAAGCAAAGGAUACUUCGUAUACGAUAUAAAGCUAUGUGUGAUCCCCGGGAUGGUGCCA